GUGAAGAUGGCGACAGCUGAACGAAGCCGCAGAUCAACUUUAUCCUCCCGGUUCUGAGCGCUUCUGGCCCCGCGAACCGCAGCGUGUCCGAGCGCAGCUUCUCCGGUCGCCGCCCGCUCCCGUGGCCUCGUCCCUUGUAUCAUCUGCGACCGGAUCUUAUCGCUGCUGCCCGGCCUCCACCCUCCACCCUCCACCCUCCUGCCGCCGGAGCUCCGGGUAAACUUUCCUGUCGUCUCCGGGUGCUGGUGGAGAUUAGCCGAGCCGAGCUAACAGGUGGUCUGAGGUUCAUAUGCCCACGGGAGAAAGAGGAGGAGGUAAUGGACUGAAUGUGAGAGGGUACAGCAGAGAGGAUGGAGAGCAUAGUGUACUGAUGUACAAGGACUGACAAACCAUCAGGAAGUAAAGAAACUAAGAAACAGGAUCCAGGAUGACGAGCGCAGCCCCUGCUAGGAAGCCGUAUCGUAAGGCUCCACCACAGCACCGCGAGACCCGCCACACCAUGCCCGUCGCUCCACCCCCGCCUGCACCGCAGCCCGACAUCAAUCAGGAGGCGUUAACAGAUGCUGACAGGAUCAGAAUCCUGCAACAGCAGAAUGAGGACCUUCGGCACCGCCUUUCUCUCUCCACCCACAAGAUGGAGGCCAUGGAGGCGGAGUUUGAUGGCAACCGUCAUUACAUGGAGGCGGAGCUAAGCCGGACCAGAGACGACUUGGAUAAGAUGAGGGACAAGUUCCGCAGACUCCAGAACAGCUACACAGCGUCUCAGAGAACCAAUCAGGAUCUGGAGGAGAAGCUUCACGCUCUGCUGCGGAAGGUGGAGAGGGACAAAAAGACGAUGGACCAGGAGAUUGUGGAGCUCACCAACAAACUGCUGGACGCCAAGAACACAAUCGACCGACUGGAGGAGCUCAAUGAGCGAUAUCGACACGACUGUAAUUUGGCCGUUCAGCUGCUCAAGUGCAACAAGUCGCAUUUCAGGAACCACAAGUUCGCUGAUCUGCCCUCUGAGCUUCAAGAUAUGUUGAACAAACACAUGAAGACUCUGUCAGGGGGGGCCUCGGGCCCCCAGGACCCGGACACGCUCAGUUUGACGCCCGCAGACGUCGUGCCGACCUCCGUCAUCGCCCGGGUCCUGGAGAAACCCGAGCCACUAGUGCUGAAUUCUGCCCAAUCAAGCAGCUGCGGGCGACCCGUUGCUGAGGACGUCUUUGUGCACGUGGACAUGACGGGCCCCGUUGGGGCCGAGGGACGGGGCCGGGACAACGGAGCCGCUCAGGAAGCGUUGCAACACAACGGGUCCUGUCGCAGUCAGAGCAGUCUGGACGGGCAGUUGGAGGGUGAGGAGGGAGGCGGGGCUCCCUCUUUCGAGAAGCUGAAUCCGUACCCGGCGCCGCCACACCCCCACCCCCUGUACCCAGGCCGCAAGGUCAUCGAGUUCACCUCAGACGAUAAAGUGAAGAUCCCCAAAAACUCGCCACUUCCCAACUGCACCUACGCCACAAGGCAGGCGAUCUCCAUGAGCCUCGUCCAAAACGAUGACGAGCGUUUAGCCCCCAGCAGCCCCGCCCCCUCCUUGGCUGGGGGGGGUGGAGCCAACCAGCACACGCCACCUUCACAGAGGGAUGUCGCCAGCGAGCCUCUAUCCAGCCAGUCGAGCCCCUUCAGCAGCCCCCCACAGGCUCUCAGCGUGAUGGCGAGCUCCGGCAGCUCGGAGGAGGAUCUUCUGUCCAACUGGCAGAGGAUGUUUGUGGAGAAGAUGGCGCCGACUUGCGACAACUCCCUGGUCCACCGUACGUCGUUCAGCAGUCAGAUGGCUAAGGAGCUGCAAAGGAGGAGUCAGGCGGGAGGGGGUGGGGCCUCCUUUGACCACCACAGGACGGCGUACUCAGAUGGCGAGGAGGGAUCAUCUGCGAGGAGCUGGACGCCAAGCCGCGGCUCCAGCCUCGACACCGACACCGACACCGAGCCGCGGCCCGGCAGGAGGGGCCGGUACGGGGGGGAGGGCUCGGUGGAGGAGGGGGAGGUGCUGCUGAUGAACCUGGAGGAGGACGGUGGCAGCGGGGACACUGCGGUCACCGUGGCGUCCAGCCCCGUCCACGCCCACAGGAACGAGCAGCAGCAGGAGGAGGAGAGAGACGUCCUCCCCCACGACCUGCCCGUCAUCUCCCCCCGCGUGCUGGAGAACGACCCCCCCCCCUCCAGCACCGGGCCCUCGCACCGGCCUCAGAAGAGUCCGAAGAGGAUGGGCGUCCACCACCUGCAUCGCAAAGACAGCCUGACCCGAGCCCAGGAGCAAGGCACACUGCUGGACUGACCCGAGCCCAGGAGCAAGGCACACUGCUGGAAUGACCCGAGCCCAGGAGCAAGGCACACUGCUGGACUGACCCGAGCCCAGGAGCAAGGCACCCUGCUGGACUGACCCUCGCUCGCCCGUGUUCUCCCUAAGCUGAUGUCUGUCUCCAUGGCAACUGACCUGCCCGUCAUAAGGGCCAUCCAGGAUUUUGUGUGUGUGUGUGUGUGUGUGUGUGUGUGUGUGUGUGUGUGUGUGUGUGUGUGUGUGUGUGUGUGUGUGUGUGUGUGUGUGUGUGUGUGUGUGUGUGUGUGUGUGUGUGUGUGUGUGUGUGUGUGUGUGUGUGUGUGUGUGUGUGUGUGUGUGUGUGUGUGUGUGUGUGUGUGUGUCCACAUACUUUUGGUCAUGUAUGUAGCUGAUCAGAACACAUGGUCGUCACUUGUCUGUUUAGCUUUAUGUAUGUGGGCAGCAAACAAAUGUAGUUGUAGCAACAACACUAUUUCAAUGUAAUCAGAUUACCUCAGGGUGGCUGUGAUUACUCUGAUUAAUCACCAUUUCUAAAUGCUCUGUAUAUUGUUGUGGGAACGGAAAGAUAAACGACAGAAGGUGGAUAUAUA